ACUCUUCAUACUCGGAACCUCCUGAUGUUCAGCAACAGUUGAACCACUACCAGUCUGCAGCUCUGGCCAGGAACAAUAACGUCAGCCGAAUCCCACUUUCGGGGAGUGCUGCAGGAGUGGAAAAAACAGAAGCUAUCCUUAGCUGUGAAUUUUGUGAAUUCUCCUCGGGUUACAUACAGAGCAUUCGACGUCAUUACCGUGACAAGCAUGGAGGGAAGAAACUCUUCAAGUGCAAAGAUUGUGCCUUUUAUACAGGCUUUAAAUCUGCUUUUACUAUGCACAUGGAAGCUGGACAUUCGGCAGUUCCUGAGGAAGGACCCAAAGACCUUCGUUGUCCUCUUUGCCUAUAUCACACCAAAUACAAAUGUAACAUGAUUGAUCAUAUAGUUCUGCACAGAGAAGAGCGGGUUGUUCCCAUUGAAGUUUGCCGUUCCAAACUGUCAAAAUACUUGCAGGGAGUUGUUUUCCGCUGUGAUAAGUGUACCUUUACCUGCUCCAGUGAUGAGAGUUUGCAGCAACACAUAGAGAAGCACAAUGAACUUAAACCUUACAAAUGUCAACUCUGCUACUAUGAGACCAAACACACAGAGGAGCUGGACACUCAUCUUCGAGAUGAGCACAAGGUGAGUCGUAAUUUUGAGCUGGUUGGACGGGUUAACUUGGAUCAGCUGGAACAAAUGAAGGGAAAAACAGAGAGCUCCAGCAGCGACGAGGAAGAAAAGGAGUUAAGUCACAAGACUGAAGAGAGAGAGUCCAUGAUGUAUCCUGACAGUGGAGCUCCAGAGAAGCGCUUUCCAUGUGAGUUCUGUGGCCGAUCAUUUACAGAGGGCUCUGAUUGGGAACGACAUGUGCUGAGGCAUGGCAUGGCUCUGAAUGAAAGUAAGCAAGGGACCAGAGAGGACAGAAAACUGAAGGAGAACACAGAAAAGACUGUUAAUACACUGACAGUAGAAGAAAAGGAAAGCACUGAGAAAAUGGUGCUGGACUUGUCCCACAACAGUGAAACUACAGUCAGUGUUGUAGCUGCUGACAAACCUCUCCAAGAGACCUCAGAGGCCAAAAAUGAAUAAAAAUUUGAUGUGAUUUUAAUGAACUUACUUGAACAGUGGUGA